AUAUAACCGUAUCGCGAAGAAUGCCAGUAUGUAUCGAGUUCCGUAACGAUUCGAAUAAACAACCAGACAUAAACGCCAUGUGCCCCUGUAUUUCAUGAAAGUAGUGUAAGCAAGUAGAAUAAUUUAUUUGCGGCACGAAUACCUGGAGGGGGCUAUACAUUGUAAAUUUGCCUGUCGGGGUAGUAGCCUUUUCAAUUCCAAUACGGUUCCAUUAAGACACGAUCAACGAGUACGAUUACAUCUCAUCAUUUUUAAAGAACGAACGUUAUUCUCAUAUCCUACCAAAUGAACGUUUCGGCGAUUCCAAGGCAAAUGCUACUACAUAAAUGGUAAACUCGGCAUUAGCUAUUGCCAAAAACGUGUUGUCUGCUUUCACAGAGUGCAUAUAGAAUUUGCGGCAUUUUAAAAGGCGUCAACUAAAGUUUUGUGGAACGUCUUCAAAAAAUAUGAAUGCGGAAGUUUAUGAAACCUUGCCUACAUCUUCUGUAGCUAUACACAUGACAGCAGGUGCAAUCGCCGGAAUUAUGGAACAUUGUGUGAUGUAUCCACUCGACAGUGUUAAGACAAGAAUGCAAGCAUUAACACCAAGUUCAGGAAGAGGUGGAGGAGGUGGAGUAGGAACAGUUCUGAUUAGAAUGGUACAACAAGAAGGUUUUCUGAGACCAAUUCGUGGUAUGAGUGUAAUGGUUGUAGGAGCUGGUCCUGCACAUGCAUUAUAUUUUUCGUGUUAUGAAUUUAUUAAAAACAAACUCUUGAGUUCAAGAACAAAUCCUAAUUUAAAUUUAGCUGCAUAUGGAACUGCUGGUUGUUUGGCAACACUUCUUCACGAUGGUAUAAUGAAUCCAGCAGAAGUGGUUAAACAGCGAUUACAAAUGUAUAACUCUCCUUAUCGAAAUGUUAUAACAUGUAUAACAAAUAUAUACCGAAAAGAAGGUAUAUAUGCAUUUUAUAGAAGUUAUACAACACAGUUAGCUAUGAAUGUGCCUUUUCAAAUGAUUCACUUCAUGACGUAUGAAAUUGCACAAGUUUUCACGAAUCCUGACCACACAUAUAAUCCAAUUGCACAUAUGGUAUCAGGUGCAUUAGCAGGAGCUGUUGCUGCUGCAGUCACAACACCUUUAGAUGUUUGUAAAACGCUUCUAAAUACACAGAGUGGAGUCCAGGUUCAAGGCAUGACAGAUGCUAUUAAAACAAUUUAUAGAUAUGGAGGUUUACGUGGUUAUUUCCGUGGUUUGAAUGCUCGUGUCCUUUAUCAAAUGCCAGCAACCACUAUUUGUUGGUCAACAUACGAAUUUUUCAAAUAUGUACUACAUGAAAAACAAGGCGAUGGAUAUCGCAGUCCGGAAGUUGACAACGAUUAUGCAAGUGGCAUUAAUCAGAUGCAAGGUACUUCUAGGUCUAGUCGUUUUCAAGAUAUGAGUGCAUACCUCAACAACAAUGCUCCAGCUUCAGUGUUACUUGAUGUGACUACAAGAUAGGUAUUUUUGAAUUUUUUAUCGACAUCACAUUGAGAAACUAUUGGAUGGUGAAUAAAGUAUCCGUUUUUUCGUAUUUGGAGAGUUUAUCAAGAAUAUUUCGUUAAUUCAUCUGUUGCUCCGGUAUUAUUACAUAUGUAUAAUAAUUCAUAACGAAUGAGUACAUGUACAAUUAAAAAUCCAUUUUGAGCCAAGUGCAGGACGCAGGCCCAACGGAAUAAGAUAAAUGUAUCAGAAAAUUUCUUACGUUACUUCUUAGUGUAUGACUGUUUCAAAUAAUAUAUAUCAACUACAUUAUGAUGACUCCAUUUUUUAAUAUGUCAAAGUAAAGAACAAGUAAGAAUUUGCACGUUACCAAGCAAUUAAAAUAUUAUCAAUUAAUAGCAAAUAUAAAACAAUGAAUUAUGUAUAAAAGAAUAUUUCGUUUUUCUUGAUACUAUAAAAUCGAAAUUUUUACUGUACAUUACGUUCUAUUGAACUAAAUAACUAGCAAUGUAUUACUAUAAAAAAAACUAAUGAAAUGAAAUUAUUAAUUAGCAAUAUUAUUUGAAUGAUAAAAUAUUGAUGCUAGUAUAGAUGACUACUGUCUGGUGUGCAGAGAUAAUUAAACAUGCUAUCAUCUAUCCUACUGUUCAUAUGGAGUAGCGAAAAGUUUAUUAUGUAAAUUAGAAAAUUGAAUUUAUUUUAUAAAUAUAAAAUGUAACAAUUUUUUCGAUAAAAUAUGUGUAAACUAUAUUCAAUUUAUUUAUGAAAUGAUUUAUAUAUUUUUGUUAUGAAGUAAUUUGCAUUAUAGCUUAUUCGUGUGAAUGAAUUCUGGCGAUCGUAAAGUACGUGAUGUGUAAAAAAACUUGAAAUGUUACAAUAAUGAUCUAUUAAAGUGAGUCAUACGUAAUUUUUAGUCAAAAGAAUAUACAUGUAUUUUGCAUAGAAAAAAAUUGUGAAAAUAUUUCACUUAAAUACAGUAAAGUUAUAUUGAUUGGUACAAACAUUUUUAGAUACAUUAAAUUUGAGAAGUAUGCUCCACUUGAAUAGUGAAUUAGAUUAUAUAGCAUAUUUAAUAUUGUACCAUAUAUUUAAGUUACAAGAAAACAGUGGGAUGCAUGGAAAAGUGAUUAACAAGAAAUGUGUGUAGCAUAAUCAAGUGAGUAUAUUUGAAAUAUGACUUAAAAAUUUUUAAUUGGAAACCAUAUAUGCUUUGAAAGAAAAGAUACGAAAUUUUAGUAUUCGAUAUUUACAUGAAAUGAUAACGCAGGUUCUAAGUUUAGAUAAAAUGUAAGUUUAUAAAAACUUAUCAAUUACGGAAUGAAACGUUAGAUAAGUGUUGCGUAAAGGUACAGAAGAACUUAGAUUAUUUUGUAGAACAGUGUAGAUAAGUUAAUAUUACACGCGUAUGUACAGUAUAAAGAAACAAGUUAGGAAGAAAGAAAACUGCAACGUUAUCGUGCGAUAAGUACAAUUCGCCUUGAUUAUACAAGUACAAAUUAAGAAUUGCUCCUUAGUCAGUUUGUAAUAUAAACAACAGUGCAUCUAAACGUUAUAAUAUAACAUAAUAUUGCUUCCUAUGGCUGUGAUUACUGGGUCAUUUGAUGUUGACUUUAAGAGGGAGUAAUAUCAUAUGAAAACUCAUACUUCACGCCAUAUUUAUUUAUUCUUGUUCAUCGUUACCGAUAUAUCAUUAUUUGACGUCAUAAAAUGUCACUGAUUCUUAUGUACGCAAAUAUAUAUAUUUUUUAUGAUAGAAUCUUUUUUCAAAUGAAGGAAAAAGGUAUUUAAAUUAUUUUUAUGGUGCGAAGAUAUGAUUUUUGACAAGAAAAAAAUUUACAAUACAAUUUAAUAGGUACAUUAAUCUAUUCACGUAAAUAUAUUAUACAUAUACACGUUGUAUGUAUAAAAUACGAAUGUACCGAAUGAAUAAGCAUUUUACAUUAUUUAUUAUUAUUAGUAUGUGUUCAUGUGAUAUCCAGUGUUUAAUGAAUUUGUACGUAUAUCUUAUUUGUAUCUUGUGUUUACAGUAAUCUUCAAUCUCCCGAAUUUAA